AUGAGCUACUACUCAGAGGAGGAUUAUGAUUACCGCCGGUCCUAUGACCGUCGGGGGCGCUCCCCCUCGCCGUCACCCGUACACUAUGUCCACACGCGCCCAGAACGACCUCGCAGCCGGGGCUAUCACCACGGUGUGGAUUUCCUCAACCCAGGCGUGACGGAGCACACCAUGGCCAUCACCAGGGUCCGCGAGCGCUCCCGGGAACGGCGAAGCCCCCCAACGGCCCUCAGCCCGCCCGCGGCGGCGGUUGCGCCGGUGAUUAUCAAGCAGUACAACUCCAACGAUCGCCACUCGUCGGACGACGAGAGCAGCCUCAGCAGCCACCAUCAUAGGGGCCGGGGCCGCUCGCACUCGCACGUCUCGAUCAGGAGCUCUCACUCGCGGUCACGCGCCGGUUCGGACGCCUACAUGACGGUCGAGAGGUACGAGCUGGAGCGCAAGCUGGAGGAGCAACGCAGGCAGCUCGAGGCGCUGCGCAUGUCGGCCUCGUCGUCGGCCGCGCACACCGAGUCCGAGCGGUACGAGCUGGCGCGGCUGAAGCGGGAGCUGGAUGAGCUGCGCAUCAGGGAGGACCGCGACGCGCAGCGCGCCGAGGACGCCGAGAGGUGGGAGAUGCGCAAGUCCAAACUCGAGCUGGAGGACCUCCGGGCGCGCGAGGCCCGUGAGGCCCGCGAGAAGGCGGACAGGGAGCGCCGGUCGGCUGACUACGAGUCGUACGAGCUGCAGCGCUCCAAAAAGGAGCUGCAGGACCUCAAGGCGCAGCAGCAGAGGGAAAAGGAGGCUAUGGAGAAGAUGAGGGAGGCGAGGACCCAUGCUGAGCUGAGGGUGGCGAAAGAAGAGCUGGACAAGAUCAAAUUUGCCGAGGAGCAAGAGGCCGACGAGAAGAGGAUCCGCAAGGAGAUCGAGGCCAAGAUGCUCGCGGAGAAGCUCAAGGCCGAGGAGGACAAGAAGCAGAGGGAGAAGGACGAGGCCGCCGCGGUGGAGCGGUGGAAGGCCAGGGAGGCCGAGAAGGCCGCCAAGGCGAAGCGCGAGAAGGAGGAGGCAGAGAAGGAGUUCGUCCACCGCCUGACGGACCAGCUGCGCGCGUCGGGCGUGCCCGAGAACCAGAUCAAGGCCAUCGUCGAGAAGAAGCGCAUCGACCAGGGCUUCCCCGCCCACCCGAGGCCGUUCCCGGGCCCGCCGCCGCCGCCGCCCGUGAUGCCGAUGCCGAUGCCGCAUCAACAAAUGUCGCAGCAGAUGACGACCACCAAGACGACGUACACGAGGAUGGCAAGGCGGCACCUGAGCCUGGAGUGCCUGAAGGUCAGGGGCAUUGAUUUUGAGCUCGACGCGAACCCAGACUACGUGCUCAUCAAGCGUUGGGUGCCGCCAGAGGAGCAGAAGGAGCUCUGGUCGCUGACCAAGGUGAUCCGCGACGGGCGCGAGAAGGUGACGACGACGCUCGCCAUCGAGGACCGCAGCCACCACCACCACCGCCACAAGUCGGGCGACAACCUGGUCGUCGUCAAGAAGACCAAGCGGGAGCGCUCCAGGUCCCCGAGCGUCUCCACGCUCAUGUACCUGGCUGGCGCUAGAUAA